AUGCACGACUGUGUCGACGUUGGUAGGCCGCUUUCGGGUGCAGAUAUUCCCCAGGUGCGACGGUUAGUUAGCAUCGCUUUGGAUGGCCUUCGUGCUGAAUGGGUGACAAAUUCAACCAAAACGCUUAUGUCGGGAACUAUCCGCGCAAAGUUGUUGGCAUACAAUAUCAUUUUUACCUCUAUUCGCCUGCUCUGUGUGGGCCAGAUAAAGCUAUGCUAA